CUAUUAUUUUCCACUCAGUUCCUCGCAGUUUAAAAUGGCGGCGUUGAGCAGCGCCGAGUCCCCACCGCCCGUCUUUAACGGAGACACCACGGAGCGGGAGCCGGGCAGGGAGCCGGGCCUGGAGGAGCUGGGUGCAGGGCUGGACUCCUCCUGCACGUCGGGUAUCCCCGGAGGUCCGCAGGAUGAGGAGAUCUGGAAUAUCAAACAGAUGAUAAAGUUGACACAGGAACACUUAGAGGCCCUUCUGGACAAGUUUGGAGGAGAACACAACCCUCCUUCCAUAUAUCUAGAGGCCUAUGAGGAGUACACCAGUAAACUGGACGCCCUGCAGCAGAGGGAGCAGCAGCUGCUGGAGGCCAUGGGCAACGGCACAGACUUCUCCUGCUCUCCUGCCAUGCCAGCCCUUCUGGAGGUCAAGAUGGGAGGUUGUGGGGUCCUGGGGGGGGCUCAGGCCUUUCCCUCAGCCCCCAAUACCUUGGCUGUCCUGCAGACCCCCACUGAUGCCGGCCGAGCCAACCCUCGCUCCCCCCAGAAGCCCAUCGUCAGGGUCUUCCUGCCCAACAAACAGAGAACAGUGGUUCCGGCUCGCUGUGGGAUGACUGUAAGAGACUCACUGAAGAAAGCUCUGAUGAUGCGAGGCCUCAUUCCAGAAUGCUGUGCAGUCUAUAGGAUACAGGACGGAGAGAAGAAGCCGAUUGGCUGGGACACAGACAUCUCCUGGCUGACAGGAGAGGAGUUACAUGUAGAAGUGCUGGAGAAUGUUCCGCUCACCACACACAACUUUGUUAGGAAGACCUUCUUCACACUGGCCUUCUGUGACUUCUGCAGAAAGCUGCUCUUCCAGGGUUUCCGCUGUCAGACCUGUGGCUACAAGUUCCACCAGCGUUGCAGCACUGAGGUUCCCCUCAUGUGUGUCAACUACGACCAACUAGACUUGUUGCUAGUGUCGAAAUUCUUCGAGCAUCACCCGUUUACCCAGGAGGAGGUCUCGUCAGAGGGAACCACCCCCCUGUCUGAGGCCUGUCCAUCACUCCCCCCAUCAGACUCCACUGGUUCUAUAUGCCACACCACUGUGUCCCCGUCCAAGUCCAUACCCAUCCCGCCCAGUUUCCGGCCCAAUGAGGAAGACCACCGCAACCAGUUUGGCCAGCGGGACCGCUCGUCUUCAGCCCCAAACGUCCAUAUCAAUACAAUUGAGCCUGUCAACAUCGAUGACCUGAUUCGAGAUCAGGGCUUGCCAAGGUCAGAUGGAGCCCCCCCGACCCACCCCGCCCGCUGCUUGAGGAAGCACCGAACACGGACCUCAAGCCCCCUCCUAUACUCCUACCCCAAUGACAUAGUGUUUGAUUUUGAGCCUGAGCCUGUUUUCCGAGGUUCCACCACAGGGCUCUCGGCCACGCCUCCCGCCUCUUUACCUGGCUCUCUGACCAGUGUCAAGGUUCCACAGAAGUCCCCGUGCCAACAGAGGGAGCGCAAGUCAUCGUCCUCGUCUGAGGACCGCAAUAAGAUGAAAACCCUGGGGAGAAGGGACUCCAGUGACGACUGGGAAAUCCCAGAGGGUCAGAUCACUCUGGGUCAGAGGAUAGGCUCUGGGUCAUUUGGAACUGUCUUCAAGGGGAAGUGGCAUGGUGAUGUGGCAGUGAAGAUGUUGAACGUCACUGCUCCCACACCACAACAGCUUCAGGCCUUCAAGAAUGAAGUGGGGGUCCUCAGGAAAACACGUCACGUGAACAUCCUGCUGUUCAUGGGCUAUACCACCAAACCUCAGCUGGCCAUCGUGACCCAGUGGUGUGAAGGCUCCAGUCUGUACCACCACCUGCACAUCAUCGAGACGAAGUUUGAGAUGAUCAAGCUGAUUGACAUCGCCCGGCAGACUGCUCAGGGCAUGGAUUACCUGCAUGCCAAAUCAAUCAUCCACAGAGAUCUGAAGAGCAACAACAUUUUCCUCCACGAGGAUCUGACAGUAAAGAUUGGUGACUUUGGUCUAGCUACAGUCAAGUCCCGCUGGAGUGGCUCCCACCAGUUUGAACAGCUGUCUGGCUCUAUACUGUGGAUGGCCCCAGAGGUGAUACGGCUGCAGGACAAGAAUCCCUACAGCUUCCAGUCAGACGUCUACGCAUUCGGCAUCGUGCUGUACGAGCUCAUGUCAGGAGCACUGCCCUACUCAAACAUCAACAACAGAGACCAGAUCAUAUUUAUGGUAGGUCGAGGUUACCUGUCUCCUGACCUCAGCAAGGUGCGCAGCAACUGUCCAAAGGCCAUGAAGAGACUGAUGGCCGACUGCCUGAAGAAGAAGAGAGAGGAACGACCUCUUUUCCCUCAGAUCUUGGCAUCCAUCGAGCUGCUGGCACGUUCAUUACCCAAAAUCCACCGCAGCGCCUCAGAGCCUUCGCUAAACCGAGCCGGCUUUCAGACGGAGGACUUCAGCUUGUACGCCUGCGCCUCGCCCAAAACCCCUAUCCAAGCCGUUGGCUAUGGGGAGUUUUCGGCGUUUAAGUAAGUGCUGCAGAUCCCACAAGUCCAUCUCUCUUCGUCACUACUCAAAAGUCUUGUGUCCAUGCGGUGGAUUCAUUCAUUACUGAAAAACUGAAAAAAAUUGUCUCAAAGAAUGUGCUUUAUUCUUCCUCUGUCAACCUGAAGAAGGCAGCCUCACUGGAGUUCUUCCAACAAAAAGCUGUCCAGCAGGCAAACAGCAACGGACACAACUCAAUUAGGAACAAAAAAUACAAAAAACACAAUCAAGAAACUUGAAUCACAAAAAGAAAGGGAAAAAACAAGUUACAAAGCUAUCCAUACCAAAAAGUUUUUGAGGAAGAGACGUCAAACUCCACAGAUGGACUUGCCUGCUGGAGGGAAAAGAUGAAGGCAAAAGGAAGGAGAGAUGGAGGCGAAAUGUCAGAAGUCCAGAUUUAGGGCACCCCUCGUCCCAUCAUUUCCUGUGCAGGUGAGACUGGUUUAUCAGCCAGGUGCUGAACUGCUCUUUGAGGGACUGCAGAAACGGGGCCCAUGGAAGGAGAAAAGAGGCCUGCCGUCCUCCAGUUGAGAUAGGCCAGGUGUAAGCCAGGCUUUCUGGUCACACCACAGGUCACAUAUUGAGCCCCCACAGGGCUCAAUACUGAAAUUCUGCAAAAUACAUGUUUGCCUCCAACAAAUUCAACACCCAUGAGGAAACGGUAAUAGCUGUUUAUCUACGGACAUAUUUUGUUCUACCUUUUCAAACUUCAAAACCUUCAAAUGAAAACAGGAUUCUGGUAGAAAAGUGUGGCGCCUACGCUUUUCCACCGAAAAUAGGGGCUGUUCUUUGGGAGGAAAAAUACUCAUUUGUUUGGUGAUAAAAGAUCCAUGAGAGGGAUUUCUCAUAAAAAGCCUGGUCUAAGCCAACAAAUGAGAUGCUUGUUAAUUAGCCAGCUUCAGCAGUGUUGGAAAGGGACGCUCUACCUUUUCAGAGGUGGUCACGUCGAUGUGAAAAAGCAGCAUAAGCGUGACGUGUUCUGUGACCACAGGAGCUGUUUACAGGGGGUGAAAUGCAGAUUCGUUUGGUGAUGGAAGCUACACAAGAGGGGUUUCUUAUUUAGUUUAAAGAGCCUGGUCAAAGCCAAGCUAGUGGCCAGCCUUUACACUGAACUACGGAGUGUGUACAGUAAGUUGUGACACAGCAUCUUUUCAACAAAGCUUUUAUUUUGCUUCACACAUUUUUUUCCACAAAACCCAACCUCAGAUUUUUUGUUUUUUGUAAUAGCAAUUGCAUGUCGUGUUUCUUUUCCUUUUUCCCCCUCAUGUGGCUUUAAUAUUGCACUCACCUAACAAUGGGGACCGCACUUGCAGCUGCUCACUGAUGGGCUGCAGUGUUACCUGCUGAAAGGACCAGUGAUCCUCUGGAGAGAUCUGUUAGUCACGAAAGGUUUGAAAGUGUUAUUUCAAUCGCACCAUUUACAUCCUCUACACACAUGCACCUGUACUUUUUUUAAUUCCAGUGUGUGUUGAGGGUUGCAGGUGUUAUUACAGGUUAUUUUUAUUUUGUUAUAGUCAGUGUUUGCCUUUUUCUGUACAGGCAGGCCUGCAGAUAUUUACUUAUUUAUGUGAUUUUUGUUGUUUUGUUUAUUUUCCGUACUGCUUUACUUGAAGCGAUCAGUAUUUCUUUUGGCGCUUGUUUUACUCUUUGUGACUCGUGUACUUGCACUUUGUAGAGAUGGAUAGAAGCAAAUGAGCGACUUGCCUUUUCUUUUUUUUAUUGAAGAAUAAAUUGUGACAUACAGAGCUGAUGACCCAAAAUUUAAUUUCCAAUGCAUGAGCCAUCUGCAGAGGCUGAACUGUGAAUAUUUUGCCGGGAAGGCUCAGUUGUUGCUUCAGGACUGUCUUUGAAAAAGCCGAGUAUGUCACCUUACCUGCAGUGAAGAGACAGCUGGUCUGAUGAGUGGAUAUUGUGGAGUUGGAGCACACAGCUGAAGCAUCUAGCCAAACACUGACAGACUGGUUCUUCUCAUCAUUAAGGAUUUAUGUAUUUCCAUCAUUAACUAACCCCACAGCCACAGCCAUGUUAUCACACAUUUUGUUGCCUCUCAUCUUUGUGCCUACAGGACAGAGCUGUGGGGAGUUUAGCGUAGCUUAGCACAAAGAAUGGAAGCAGGGGGGCAGUACUAGCCCUGACCCAGGUGAGUCUUGUACUCAACAAGGCCCUGGAUCACCACCUCCAGUAAUUUGGACAUUUUCCUGUCAAAGUUUUACAAGAAGCAUGUUGAAAAUACAAUCUGGUAGGAAAUGUUAGCAGCAUUAACCAGGGGGGAUUAAAUAUGCCAAAUAGUGAAAAACAUGAUUUUAAAGGGACUUUUUUUUGUUACUUUUCAUCCACUUGCUGUUUUCUUCCAUAUCUUAAAAAAUGGUUAAAAAGAUUGAAUUCCACCAUCCUUUUGUAUUUUUAACAUUCAGCCCAUAACAAAAUUUCAUGAGCCAUUCAAUGACUGAAAUGUUGCAGGCGAGAUCACCUGUAACGCCUCAAGACAUGAAGAGGGAUCGUUUGUUAGCCUCGCUCCAAAACACGAGAUCUACAGUAUCUCUGGACUGAAUGCACAAAGAUGAUAUUUCUGUUGACGUCAUAUUACCCAGGUUAAGACGGCAAACAAAAGAAUAUCCUUAACUGUGAUUCAUAUUUGAAGAGUAACUCAACCCAAAUCUGUGUAGAGCCUGAUAUCUACUGGUGAAAGCAGGAUAAUGUCCAACUGCUAUUGGGUGGUCUUUGACGUCGCUCUGAAGAUACAGGUGCACUUCACCUCGCCCUUGCAGCGUGCCGAGUGCUGCAUAACAGCAACGGUUAUUCCAGGUUCAUUACAACUUUGGUCUAUUAUUCGUAGUUUUGUUCAACAUUCCUGUCACUGUACUUGCCACGUUUAUGGCUGAGAUCUGGCAACACAGAAGGACGGUGACUUUUUGCUCUGAAAGCUCAAAGUGGUUUCAGAGCGCAAAACGGUCGCUCAGGCCAUCUUUACCAUAAUAACACUACUUUAAGAGCAACGGAAGUCAGACUGCGACUGGUAGUCCCUUCGGUGAUGCUCGUCGGAGAACUAUGGUGUGAAGAGGACCUGCUCCUCCAAAAGCUUACACACUGGUCUUUUAACAUUCUUCUUUUGACCAGAAUAGCAACUUCUAAUGGAUGCUGUAAUGUGUUUGCUGUAUGAAUCAAUAGUUGUUCGCCAACACAGCAGUUGUAACCAAUUAGCCAGAUUAUCCUUUUGUCACUGACGUCCUGACGUUAAAUAAGAACUGAAGGGAAACAUAUUGUGGGUCUGUGGGAACCCAGAGCUCUAAGAUGGUACCUCAUAACUGUACAGAGACUGGAGGUGAAUCUAUGUGUAUACAUGUAUUUGAUUACGGCAGUGAAGUCAUUUACAUGACAUUAUUUUGAGUGUUAAUGGAGAAGCUACAAUGUUAGCAUAGCAUAUCCCUGGUUGAUCCAAACUCCAUUCAGAAAACAGGCAUUUUAAAAGUUCUUUGCUUGUUGUCUUGCGGACAGACCUGAAAAGACAUGAAUUCUGACUUCAGACUUCACAAAUCUGCAUUGUGAUGUAGUGAUUUUGUCAUUAUUUUGAUUUGUUUAUUGCAAUUAAAUCACAGCAAAAUCUGUAUAUUUUGAGUUCAUACUGCUGUAGUAAACCACAUUAAUUCAGCUGACAUGACUUGCUACAUUCAGUGACUACAGCUAGGUGAUGAUGUUCUGAACCCAGCCAUGGCGGAUCAGAAGUGUCGGUAUCAAAGAUGCUCCGAUUCUGAACUGUAACUCUCGGGUGCGUCUCGCAAGGCAAACAUUUGCUUUGCAUUUGGUGUGAACACAGCAUAAAGGAAUUAUCCAUGUGCUCAUUGAUUCAGCAGUAAUGCUUGCCCGUCUCUGACAGUGCCAGUGAUGUUGCUGCUUCACAUGGAGCUUUGUUUACCACACAUGUAGUUGAUUCAGGCUGGUCGAAUCAGCACAUGCCUUCUUGUGUGUCCAUGGCUGUGCAGACACUUGUUAGGCACAAACUGGUGUUCAUUGGGUUUUGGAGUGCACUCUCACAGAAACACCUUGUACUAAAUACCAGGCAUCAGCAGAAAGUGCCUGGUUCUACCCAUAGAUUCUAAGGGCUUCUAACCCAUACUUGACUUCCACUAGUAUGCAGGUUAAGGUUAGACUGAUGUAUGGAGACAUUGUAGGCCUUUUAUAAAACAUAACAUAUCCCUCAGUCAUGGAACGCCUCUGAUAUUUCGAGGUCGUCUCUGAAGAAGACCGAGCUGACAUGUUGUGGACCUUCAAAGAUAUGAGCUGGUUCAGGUUGUGAAGGAGACUUUGAGUCACUAGAGAUAGAAAUAUUGCUAACUUCUUGGUCAUGAAAUCUUUGAAGAUGAAUUGUGUUCAGUCAGUUCUGUCAUCAGUAAAAAGUAAUAGCCCAAUAAUACUGGUACUUACAGAAGAGGAUGAGGUCGUGUGGGGAAGAAAAGGAAGGUAAAGAAGUCUAAGUUUAAUCAUUGAAAUCUACAGACUCGGACUUUUGACUCGAUGUUUUAAAUUCUGAUUCAAGGCUAGAAUCCGACUUAGAUUUCUUUCUUUUUAGAUAAAGCCAGACUGAUCUUAGAGCAGCUUUAGUCUGAGAGUGAGCGAGCAGUCCAAGGACUUCCUGUACAUUUCUAUAUUGGCUUAAAUGUUGACAAUGACAUGUUCAUUCUCAACCUUGAAAAGAGUGGUUAAUGAUAUAAGCUCAACUCAAGGUUGACUUAUUUGCUUGUUCUAGAGCUUUUGAUCUUGGUAAUUACUAUUUCCCAGGGCAAGAAUGAAUCCUUGUGUUUGUCUUUCCUUCGACCUCUAUCUGCUGAACCUUCAUAGCAUCUUUGGAAGUAAAUAUUGAGGCUUUGCUCACACACACAUCCUCUGUCUCCUCUUCAUCCAAAACUUUUCCCUUCUCUAUUCUUAAACAUUCUCCUAAAACCCAUCAAUUCCUUUCAAUUGAGAACUAAAAUGAGAAACUUCAUGGAGACCUUUUCUGAUUGUUUUUUUUCACCUGUAAAUAGUUGUACAAAGGAGACACUGUCCGUUUGCUAGGAGGCAUGGAGACUACAAAUGUAACUAAUUAUAAAAUGUUCAAAAUAAAGAGAUGGAAGAUUAAAAGACAUUUUGAUAGGCAGACUUCUGUGAAAAAAACAGUUGAGUGUAAAAAUAUUUAAGGCUGUAUCAUAAGGAGAAAGAGCUUAAUGUAUUUGUUGUGAAUAUGAAAAACUGAUAUAUUAAAGAAGUGCAUGAAAACUGUA